AUGUGGUUGCAUAGGAAUAUUAAACAUGACAAGCGCAAUUUCAGAAUCACGUUAUGCUUCGUGAGCCUCACCCCGAUUGCCCCGCCCUGCUUGCCACGCCCUCCAAGCCCGCCUGGCUCGCUGCGCGCGCAGCUUCCCUCAGACCAGAAAGCUGCUGGCUUGACAGGGAGUUCACACAAUCCCUCUGGCAAGACACUCAAGACUGACUUCUGGAAAGUGGUAUUACCUGAGGAGGAAGAGGAAAGACAAGGAGCAGGGAUGGCGGCUCUGACUCAGUUGACAUUUGAGGAUGUGGCGGUGGAUUUCACCUGGAAGGAGUGGCGAUGCCUGACCCCGGCUCAGCGCACUCUGUACAGGGAUGUCAUGCUGGACACCUACAGGAACCUGGUCUCCGUGGGAGUCUCUCCUCCCAACGUGAGUGUGAUUUUGCCAUUGGAGCUCGAGGAAGAGCCCUGGGUAGGACAGAACCAUGUGAAAACUCCAGGAGAGCCGAGUGGUUGGGAAGGCGCCAAAGGUGAGAACACAGGUACCUCUCCUAAAUAUAUAAUUAAAGAAUUACUACCUCAUGCCGGCAGCUGUAGGGGAAAAAUAGCCCAAAGUUAUGAGGACGGAGGCACUGUUGAGUUUUCCUGCGAGGAAAUCCAGAAGGCUCCACAUGAGUGGGAGUGGAGUGGUGCUCAAGGCCUUGCUAAAGAGGUGCUUAUGGUCCACAAAGAGGGCAGUGGCAGAGGAGUGCAGGAGGGUGGGUGUCAUGCGGGGAAGCAGCCCACAAGCCCGUGGCUGGGACGGCCCCUCCAGAAGCACCUGUGCAGGCUCCCACCGUACCUGUGUGAAGGGCCAGGGGUGAGGACUGAGCUGGAGAAGUCCACCCUCGCAGGGGCCCCCAUGUCCUGCCCUCAGGGAAGCCCCUCCAGUGGGAACACUCACAUUGCCCAUGCUUGUGAUGAUGUUCCGAUAUGUUCUCCCUUACGCACACGUACACCCAAAGCACGUAUUCAGGAAAAGCCUUACAAGUGCCGAGAGUGUGGCAAGUCGUUCAGCCAGGACUCCAGCCUCACCAUGCAUUGGAGGACACAUGCUGGGGCAAGGCCGUAUUGCUGUGCCACGUGCGGGAAGGCAUUCCUACAGAAAUCUGGCCUCGUGUGCCACAAGAGGACACAUACUGUGGAGAGGCCAUAUGUGUGUGGCUUGUGUGCCAAGGCCUUCUGCACGCGUGGUGAGCUGACCAAACACCAGACAGUGCACAGCGACCAGAAGCCUUACAGGUGCUCUGUGUGUGGGAAGGCGUACCGUCAGUCCUCCAGCCUUGUCAUACAUCGCAGGACACACACCGGGGAGAGGCCAUUUGUAUGUGACACGUGUGGAAAGGCGUUCACCAGUCGCAAGGACCUCACUAAGCACCAGGUGGUACACACUGGGGCGAGGCCAUACUGCUGCACCCAGUGUGGCAAAACAUUCACGCAGAAAGCAACGCUCGUGCGCCACCGCAGGACGCACACUGGGGAGAAGCCAUACGUGUGUCCAGACUGUGGCAAAGCCUUUGCUUCCCACUCCAACCUCACAGUCCACCGCACCAUCCACAUGGACUUGAAGCCCUACCAGUGCACUGAGUGUGGGAAGGUAUUCAGACAGAACAAGCACCUUGUGCGCCACCUCAAGACACACCAAGGAGAGGCAGAAUGUGGAUAA